AUGUAUUUGACAUCGGCAUCAGGAAUAAUAUCUUUGUUAAAAGAACCAACGGCAGAACCAAAAAUAUUUGCUCUGAAAAAGUUAAAUGCUAUUGUGGACGAGUUUUGGCCAGAAAUAUCUGAAGCAAUAAAGGAAAUUGAAAUACUUCAUGAAGAUAAGACAUUCAAAGAACAAAAAUUAGCAGCCUUAGUAGCAAGUAAAGUAUAUUACCAUUUAGGAAGUUUCGAUGAUUCUUUAAAAUAUGCUCUAAGAGCUGGGAAUUUGUUUGAUGUGAGUGAUUCUACUGAAUAUGUAGAAACUAUAAUUACCAAAAUUAUUGAUCUUUACACUAGAGUAAGCCACACAACUACAAAACUCGAAUCUAAAACAAAUAGGAUAAGACGACAGUUAACAGGUUUCGUGAAUCGAAUGUUUAAAAUAUGCUUUGCUAAUGGUCAUUACAGACAAGCGUUAGGUCUAGCAAUGGAAACACAACGAAUAGAUAUAUUUGAGACAGCAAUUGUAGAGUCAGGUGAAAUGAAUACAAUGUUGGCUUAUGGUUAUCAACUGGUGACAAAUUUUAUGCACAAUUGUACCUUUCGAAAUAAUAUUCUGCAUUUAUUGGUUAGACUGUAUGAGAAAGUAGAUGAGCCGAACUACAAAAAUAUGUGUCAGUGUUUCAUUUCUUUGAAUGAUCCAUGCGCAGUGGCCCAGCUUCUAAGAAAUCUUCAACAAAGUACGGAGGAACAUGCUCUCACGAGUUAUCAAAUUGCAUUUGACGUUUAUGACUGCACCGCGCAAUAUUUUCAGAGGAGAAUUAUUCAAGAACUUUCUGUUUCUCCAGAUAUGUCCGUAUUUGAUAAAAAUUCAACAAUAUUUCGAAAUGACCUUCCUGCUCCAUCAACAUUAAUGACCUCCGUUUCCCCAAUCUCAACUUCCAAUAGUCAGUCAACAGAAGAAAAGAAAAAACACGAGGAACGAACCCAAAAUAUAAUCAGUAUUCUCUCCGGCGAAGUUACAGCGCAAUUAUAUCUUCAAUUUCUUUCUCGGAAUAAUAAUUCAGAUAUGUUCAUUUUGAAUCAAACAAAAGAACACGCUAGAGCCUCAAUAUGCCAUAACGCGACUGUAAUAGCUAACGCCUUCAUGCAAACUGGCACAACAUCUGAUGAGUUUCUCUGUGACAAUUUGAAAUGGUUGGCUCAAGAAGCUAAUUGGAGUAAGGUGACAACAAUUGGGUCUUUGGGAUUGAUACAUAGAGGGCGUGAAGAGGAAUCAGUGACACUCGUGCAGAGUUAUCUACCUGAAGAAGAACAUUUCAAAUCUGGUUUUGUUGACGCAGGCUACUUGUAUGCACUAGGUCUCAUUCAUGCAAACCAUGGCGAAAAAAUUAUUCAUUAUCUAAAGCAGCAACUAAAAGAAGCUAGUAAUAGCAUGACUCGGCAUGGGGGAUGUUUGGGUUUGGGGUUGGCAGCUUUGGGUACACACAGCCAAGACGUAUGUCAGCAACUCAAAUCCAACUUGCAUCAAGACGACGCUGUCACAGGACACGCAGCAGGCAUCGCUAUGGGAAUGGUGAUGCUCGGAUCCAAAUCCUCCGAAGCCAUUGAAGACAUGAUAACGUACGCUGAGGAAACGGACCACGAGAAGAUUGCGAGCGGCUUAGCGGUGGGCGUGGCUCUCAUCAUGUACGGACGACUGGAGGAGGCUGAGUCUGUAGUUGCCACGCUCUACCGCCACAGCGACCCUCUGUUGCGGCGCUGCGCCAUGUACACGCUCGCUUUGGCGUAUUGCGGCACUGGCGACAAUAACGCCCUUCGCCGUCUGUUGCACACCGCCGUCGCCGACGCCAACGACGACGUGAGGAGGGCCGCCGUUCUGGGGAUUGGGUUCCUCUUGUGCACGGCGCCCCAGCAGUGCAUUGCCGUGGUGGCGCUGCUCGCGGAGAGCUACAAUCCGCACGUCCGCUACGGCGCUGCCAUGGCCCUCGGGAUCGCCUGCGCCGCCACUGGCCUGCAGGAGGCCGUCGCCUUGCUGGAGCCCCUCACGGACGAUCCGGUCAACUUCGUGCGCCAGGGAGCCUUCAUCGCUUCCGCCAUGAUCCUCAUACAGCACACUGAAUACACUUGCCCCAAGGUCAAGGACUUUCGCUCCUUAUAUGCUAGGGUGAUUGCUGACAAGUAUGAGGACCCGAUAGCGAAGUUCGGUGCUAUACUUAGUCAGGGUAUCAUCGAUGCAGGAGGACGCAAUGUUACUUUGUCUCUUCAGUCACGAGCAGGGCACAUAAACCCUAUCUCAGUAGUUGGUGUCCUGCUCUUCAUGCAGUAUUGGUAUUGGUUCCCUCUUACGCUUUGCCUUGGCCUGGCCUUUACUCCAACUUGCAUUAUUGCUCUGAAUGGCCAGCUGAAGAUGCCGCAACUGCAAUUUCGCUGCAAUGCUCCACUCUCACUUUUUACUUACCCUUCACCAAUUAAAAAAAAUAAAACAGAAGAAGAAGAAGAAGAAGAAGAAGAAGAAGCAGAAGAAGAAAGAAAUGUCUUCCCAGCUCCUGUUCUCAGUUCUGCUUCGAAACUCUGCACUCGAAGACGAAGCUGGAAAGAGAGAAAGCAGUGUUUUACUGACAUCGCGAAAGCGGACGAAAAUAUAAAUGAUGUAAAAGAAAUCCAUCAUCAAAAUGAAAGUGGGAAAAGUAAUAAGAUAACAUCUAAGAACGAAAUUGAAGAGACAAAUGCCAAAUUGGUAGAGAAACAAAGGUUGCAUAGAAAUAAAUAUGACACAAAAACCGAAAACGUUUCAGAGAUUUUAAAAGAUAAUUUCUGUAUUUUAAACAAUCCUUCUAGAUGUCUAAAGCAACAGCUAAAAUUCCUACAGGUAGUAGAUGAUAGCAAAUACGUUCCUUUGAAGGAGGUAUCCAGUGGAGGAAUUAUAAUAGUUCGGACGAACACUGGAGCAAAGGUAAUAGAACUUGCAAGCUGUUUCGGACCUCAUCUGGAAGAAGAGGACCCUCAGCCUCCAGUACCCUUCGAGUAUAUCGAAGAUUAG